ACAAACAGCAAGGGCGCUGCGCGCUAGCAGAGGCGCUGAGCUGAGCUCUCAGCCAUGGAAGUGGUCGAUCUCUCCCCCACGUCCCGCCCCCUCUCACCGCUCCUCUCCACCGCACCCGCCCGCCGCCUCCGCCUCCUCCCUCCCCGCUGCGUCGUCGGCCUGCGCGCCUCUCCCCGGACCCGAGGACUCGGCUGCGUUGGAGGUAGUCUCAGCAGAAGGCAUUCUUUUUGUAAGAACGGAUUCUUCGCAACAAGCAGUUCGUCAGCCUCAGUAGAACCCGCUACCCAGGAAUUGGGAACAGCGGAUGCAGUGGAGUGGAGUGGGGAUGCCAUACGUCGGCGUUUCCUUGAAUUUUAUGCAGCCCGUGGCCACAAGAUCCUUCCGAGCUCGUCGCUUGUGCCUGGCGACCCAACUGUGUUCCUUACCAUAGCGGGAAUGCUUCAGUUCAAGCCUAUAUUCCUCGGCAAGGAACCUAGGCGUGUGCCACGCGCCACUACCUCUCAGAAGUGCAUACGGACAAACGACAUUGAAAACGUGGGUCGCACUGCUCGACAUCAGACCUUCUUUGAAAUGCUUGGGAAUUUCAGUUUUGGUGAUUACUUCAAGAAGGAAGCAACCACAUGGGCAUGGGAGCUGGCAACCAAGGAGUAUGGAAAUUUCCUUUAUUCUCCAUGGAGCAUGACCUCCAUAUUGGUGAAUUAUAAACUGUCCAUCUGAAAACUUUACCAUGUUCUGCGCACUGUCAUAGGGAUGUCAUUCAAAUUUGUAUGGAUUGCCUGCAGAAAGGUUGUGGAUUAGUGUUUUUGAAGAUGACAAUGAAGCAUUCAACAUCUGGCACAAUGAGGUUGGUGUGCCAAAGGAGCGGAUACAGAGGAUGGGUGCAGAAGAUAACUUUUGGACUAGUGGCGCAACUGGACCUUGUGGACCUUGCUCUGAAAUUUAUUAUGAUUUCUAUCCUGAGAGAGGAUCAUCAGAUGUGUUGUUUGCAGGAUUUGGGCGAUGAUAGCCGAUUCAUUGAAUUCUAUAAUCUUGUCUUUAUGCAAUAUAACAAAAAAGACGAUGGAUCUCUAGAACCGUUGAAACAAAUGAACAUUGAUACAGGAAUGGGCCUUGAGCGUAUGGCACGCAUUCUUCAAAAGGUUCCAAACAACUAUGAGACAGACUUGAUUUUCCCAAUUAUAGAAAAGGCAGCUAGCAUGGCGAUGGUGUCCUAUGCAAAAGCUGAUGAUGCCACAAAGACAAAUCUCAAGAUAAUUGGAGAUCACAUGAGAGCAGUUGUUUAUCUCAUAUCAGAUGGGGUAAUUCCCUCAAAUAUCGGGAGAGGAUAUGUUGUUCGAAGGCUAAUAAGAAGAGUAGUUCGGAUGGGUAGAUUGAUAGGAAUAAGAGGUGACGGGCAUGGAAACUCUGAAGGUGCAUUUUUACCUUCACUAGCUGAGGUAGUGAUCAGCCUUAGCACUGAGAUAGAUUCAGAUGUUGAAUCACGACGGAGAUCGAUCCUUGGAGAACUUCAAAGGGAAGAGAUGCGAUUUGUUCAGACUUUGGAAAGAGGAGAAAAGUUAUUAGCUGAACUUCUGGAUGAAGCUUUAUUAAAUGCUGGUAAUAAUGGAAACAAGCCUUCCUUAUCUGGAAAAAAUGUUUUCCUUUUGUACGAUACAUAUGGUUUCCCAGUAGAGAUUACAGCUGAAAUAGCCAGUGAACAAGGCGUUACUGUUGAUAUUGAGGGAUUUGAUAUUGAAAUGGAAAACCAGAGGAAACAAUCUCAAGCUGCUCAUAAUGUAGUCAGACUUUCUGUAGGAAAUGAGACCGAGAUAGUAAAGAACAUCCCGGAUACUGAAUUUUUGGGAUAUGAUUCUCUCUCUGCUUCUGCUGUCAUUAAAGGUCUCCUAGUUAAUGGAAACCCAGUUAAUGAAGUUUCUCAAGGUUCUGAAGUAGAAAUAUUAUUAGACCGGACACCGUUCUAUGCUGAAUCGGGUGGUCAAGUUGGAGAUAAUGGUUUCUUAUAUGUGAAUGGAGGGGAAGAUAGAAGACAAACAACAGUUAUAGAAAUCAAUGACGUCCAAAAGUCUCUGGGAAAUAUAUUUGUGCACAAAGGCAUGAUUAAGCAGGGGUCUGUAGAGGUUGGCAAGGAAGUAGAUGCUUCUGUUGAUGCAAAAUUGAGGCAGGGGGCUAAGGCUCAUCACACUGCAACACAUCUACUACAAUCUGCUCUUAAAAGCGUAGUUGGUUCAGAAACUUCACAGGCUGGUUCCCUUGUGGCGUUUGACCAUCUCCGAUUUGACUUCAAUUUCCAUCGCCCACUUUCUGAAGAGGAAUUAACAACAAUUGAAGCACUUAUAAACCAAUGGAUUGGCAAUGCAGCACAUGUUGAGACAAAAGUCAUGGCUUUGCAAGAUGCAAAAAAUGCUGGUGCGAUUGCAAUGUUUGGAGAAAAAUACGGUGAACAGGUCAGAGUCGUAGAGGUUCCCGGGAUCUCAUUGGAACUCUGUGGUGGGACUCACGUCAGUAAUACUGCUGAGAUUCGUGGUUUCAAGAUAAUUUCAGAACAAGGAAUAGCUUCUGGGAUCAGAAGGAUAGAAGCAGUUGCAGGUGACGCUUUUGUUGACUAUGUGUGUGCUCGGGACAAUUACAUGCGGCGCUUAUGCUUAUCCCUUAAGGUUAAGGCUGAAGAUGUGAACAGUAGAGUAGAAACAAUUCUUGAAGAGCUAAGAGCAACCAGAAACGUAGCAUCAUCUCUACGCAGCAAAAUUGCAGUGCUAAAAGCAGCUUCUCUUGCAAGUAGAGCUACAACUGUGGAGCCCCAGAAUGUCAGGAUUGUGGUCGAGAACAUGGGUGAUGUCGACGCAGAUGGGCUGAAAAGCGCCGCGGAGUAUCUCAUAGAUACCCUCAAAGACCCUGCUGCGGUGAUUUUAGGAUCAAGCCCAGGGGAUGGUAAAGUCAGCCUGGUUGCUGCCUUCAGCCCUGCAAUCGUCGAAAUGGGGCUGCAGGCCGGGAAGUUCGUGAGUGGCAUAGCCAAACUCUGCGGCGGAGGCGGUGGAGGCAAGCCCAAUUUCGCCCAAGCUGGGGGGCGGAAGCCGGAGAACUUGCCCGACGCCCUUGAGAAAGCCCGAGCUGAAAUUGUGGCACGGGUAUCAGGUUCGAGCUGAUUCUCCGCUGCCUCACACCUGAUACUGGAAGUAUAGGGAUAGGAUUCAUAUGAAAUGUAUAUGUAAUUGUCAUUGGCAUUCUAAGCGAAAACACUUGUAUUUCUCCCUACCUUGCCGUGUACGCUUUCUGCAGAUGACGGAGCAAAUUUUGUAGCUUGUAA